AUGGGAAAAUCAGCGCCAAACGAAAACUGUUAUGCGAAUAAGCAAUGUGAACACAUAAAUGCUUUCUACAAAUGCGUCACUUAUGAUCAGAAACUUGUUGGCAUUUGCUUGCCAGCUCAGGGCUUAGAAGAAAAAGAAGAAGAUAAAGAAAAGGAUAAAGAAGAGGACAUGCAAGAGGAUAAAGAAGAGGACAAGGAAGAGGACACGGAAGAGGACAAGGAAGAGGAUAAAGAAGAGGACAAGGAAGAGGAAAAAGAAGAGGAUAAAGAAAAAAACAAAGAAAAGGAUAAAGAAGAAGAUAAAGAAGAGGACAAAGAAGAAAAACAA